UCAGUGCGCCCACAUGACGUACAAUGGGUGCGACUCGGUUAUCCACAUGCUGGAUGGAUGUGUUGACUUUAUCCAACGUGUGAAGUGAGGAAUAAGUAAUUUAUGUCACCAUAGCUGCCAAAAUAUUAAGGUUUUGGUUUUCUCGUGAGCAAGAUGGCAAACGCCAAUCUUCAGUUCAAAACAAACUACGUUGUUUCCAGCAAAAUAGAACCGUUUUACAAAGGAGGGAAAGUGCAGAUCAGCAAAGAUGAAAAAUACAUCUUUUGCACUUGUGGAUCUCGUGUCAAUGUUUUGGAGAUCAGUACAGGGAAGAUCGUCCACAGCGUUGAGCAUGAUGAUCAAGAGGACAUCACGUCUUUUGCACUCAGCUGUGAUGACGAGCUGCUGGUAACGGCCAGUAGAGCUCUGCUGCUGAAGCAGUGGGAUUGGAGGCAAGCUCAGUGUACACGCUCCUGGAGGGCCAUUCACACUGUUCCUGUAGCCAGUAUGACCUUUGACUCCACCUCUACACUCCUGGCGACAGGUGGCUGUGAUGGCACUAUAAAGCUUUGGGAUGUAGUGAAGCAGUACUGCACCCACAACCUUAAAGGGUCAUCUGGAGUUAUACAUCUCGUCCAGUUCCACCCAGACAUCAACAGGCUGCAGCUGUUCUCCUCCUCUCUGGACUGUGGCAUUCGCUUGUGGGACCUGCGCUCCAGUCAGUGUGUGUGUGUGCUGCAGAGCCACUACAGCGCUGUGACCUCCCUCAGCUUCAGCCCCGACGGUGGCACCAUGGUCAGUUCUGGCAGAGACCAGAUAUGUACAGUGUGGGACCUGAAGACUCGGAAAGCCACGAGAACUGUACCUGUCUAUGAGGCUGUGGAGGGUGUUGUGCUUCUGCCUGAGAAAGAGGACUUCUCUGAGAUCGGAGUGAAGAGCAAAGACUUGCAUUUCAUCACAGCUGGCAGCAAGGGUGUAUUGAGAGUGUGGGAGGCCAGCACGUCGCGUUGUGUCUACACCCAGACCCUCCCCUCCACCCUCACCACUGUCUCUGAGGCUGAGGGGGAGGAGGAAGAGAAGGACGACGACCCCCGCGGUCUUACAUAUCUCCUUCACCUGCCCGCCUCUUCCAGACUGGCCUCAGUCACAGCAGAACACAACAUACUGCUCUACCAGUUGCCUGGUCUCACCACACAGCAGCAGUUUGUGGGCUACAGUGAUGAGGUGCUGGAUGUGAAGUUUCUGGGCAAAGGUGACAGCCACAUUGUGGUGGCCACCAACAGCUCCCAGCUGAAGGUGUUUGAGCUGCUCACAAACAGCUGCCAGAUCCUCUACGGACACACAGAUACUGUCCUCUCAUUGGACGUGUUCAAAAAGGGUUUUCUCUUUGCAAGCUGUGCGAAGGACAGGUCAGUGCGUGUGUGGCAGAUGGACAGUGACAGUGGUCAGGUGCACUGUGUGGCCCAGGGCUCCAGCCACACUAAUGCUGUGGGCUCCAUCGCCUGCUCCAGGAUGAAAGCAUCGUUCAUAGUGUCUGGCAGUCAGGACUGUACUGUGAAGGUGUGGGAUCUGCCAGCAGACUUGUCUACGGCAGGAGCUGAUGUAAAUCAGCUGACCGCCCGCGCCACAGAGAAGGCACAUGAUAAGGAUGUAAACAGCGUAGCGGUGUCACCCAACGACAAACUGCUGGCUUCCGGCUCACAGGACCGCACGGCCAAGCUGUGGUCGUUGGCGGGGGAGGGGAGAGUGGGCCUGCUGGGGGUGUUUAGGGGCCACCGUCGCGGUGUCUGGGCCGUCUGCUUCUCUCCCGUCGACCAGGUGUUGGCCACGUCCUCUGCGGACGGCACCACCAAACUGUGGAGCCUACAAGACUUCAGCUGCCUCAAGACUUUCGAGGGUCACGAUGCAUCCGUGUUGAAGGUCGUCUUUGUGAGCCGAGGCACUCAGCUGCUCUCCAGUGGCUCAGAUGGUUUAGUAAAGCUGUGGACCAUAAAGACCAAUGAGUGUGUGAAGACGCUGGACGCCCACCAGGACAAAGUGUGGGGUCUCCACGCUACCCGCAAAGAUGACAAGAUGGUGACCGGCUCAGCAGACUCUAACAUCACUGUGUGGGUGGAUGUGACUGAGGUUGAGCUGGCAGAGGAGCAGGCCAAGCAGGAGGAUCAGAUACUCAAGUAA